AUGGUUGGAGGCCAGAGCGACGACGUUCACCAGGCCCCCGCCAACAUCACCCCCGCCUCAAUGGACGACUACACCUUCCCGGAGUUGCGCCUCAAGCGCACCAUGAACGACCCGGAGAAGACCCCCUCCUGCUGCUCCGACUACGAACUCAUCGGAGGUUACCUGUCCCCCGUGUCAGAUGCCUAUCGCAAGGCCGGUUUGGCUAGUGCAGACCACCGGGUCGCGAUGUGCCAACUCGCCGUUGACCAAACCUCCGAUUGGUUGAUGGUGGAUACCUGGGAACCUACUCAAAAAGCCUACCAGCCGACCGCUGUGGUGCUGGACCACUUCGAUCAUGAAAUUAACGUGGUCCGGAACGGCGUUGAGGCUGCGGAUGGAACUCGGAAGCCCGUUCGCAUUGCUUUGCUUGCGGGCGCAGAUCUGAUCCACACAAUGUCUACACCGGGUGUGUGGAGUGAGAAAGAUCUGGAUCAUAUCCUGGGAAAAUACGGCUCUUUCAUCGUUGAGCGCAGUGGUACUGAUAUCGAUGAAGCCCUGGCCAGCUUGCAGCCCUGGAAGGACAACAUCCAUGUUAUCCAGCAACUCAUUCAAAAUGAUGUCAGCAGCACCAAGAUUCGGCUCUUCUUGCGCCGUGAGAUGAGUGUUCGCUAUCUCAUUCCAGUCCCCGUCAUCCAUUACAUUGAGCAACACCAUUUGUAUGAGGAUGACGGCACGACGGAGAAGGGCAAGGAGCGGGGAUGA